AUGGCUAGGAGAACGGAUGUAAAAUCUCAAGGCAGAAAUCGUUUCGCUCAAUUUGAUGCUGAUAUUACCAGUGCUUAUGAUGAUGACGAUAAUUAUGAUUCAUUUCAACCACAUAAUAGUCGUCACGGAAAUAAAAAUAAAGUUUCGCAAAAUAUUAGUAAAGGACAUGAUAAUAGAAAAUUUCAAAAAGACUCCUUGGCGAAAUCUGGACGUAUAGUAACAAAACAAGUUAUGUAUACUGUAAUAGUAAAGGGAUGCAAUCAAUGUUCAACUGAUGAAAUAAUUACAGAAAUUCAAGGAUAUACUACUGCAUUUUUACCUUAUUUGCCGUCAAAAACUGAAAAAGGCGAUGUCCAAUUUUAUGUUAAAGAUUCUGAAAUUUCAACUAGUUUACAUCAACUUUCAAGAAGAGUUAGGAAUCCAAAAACAAAUUCAAAUAUGACUAUUAUGACUACAAAAAGUGUGUGUUCGUGGAAUAAAUUACCAACUGGUCAUAAAGAGAUAAUAGAAUCUGUUUGUAAAAGUAGACUUUCUGCUGAUGGAAAAUCUUUAGAUCUAUCCAAUUUUAGUUCUGAUCCAUAUUUUAAAAGUAAAGGUAUUAUGGUUUCACUUCAAAGAACAGAAGUUAUGAUUGCUGUUGUUGAUUUUGUUUAUGAAUCAUGUCAAGAAAUUGCUAAUUUAUCACUAAAAAGCACAGGUUUAAAACGUUUAGAUGCCGUUGCAUCAAUGGUUCAUGCAGCACCAAUGAUAAAAGUCUUAGAUUUAUCAUGUAAUAUGAUAGAUAAAAUUUCAGAACUGGGUAGAAUUCGUGCAUGGAAGCUCGAAGGAUUGUUUUUGGAAAACACUGGAGCAGCAAAUGCAUUUACAGUAGCAGCUGAUUAUUCUAGAAUUGUUCAAGGAUAUUUUCCUUAUUUAACAAAUUUGGAUGGAAUACAAUUAAGUCCCUGUGAAAAUGCUUCUGGUUUUAAUGAUGAAGUUAAUAUUGUUGUUAAACCAGGGUUUUGUCCAUCACCAGAAAUUAAAACCGUUUUGGGAAUGUUUAUUUCACAAUAUUUUGAUAUUUUUGAUGGACCUGAGGGUAGAACUAAUAGGAAGCAACUCGCCGAAGCUUAUGACGAGAAUGCUAUGUUUUCUCUUGUGUGUGAUGUUAUCGAUGACGGGAAUCAUAAUGCGGUAUUAAAAAAUAGAGCAAAACUUCGUGAUUCUGAAUAUAAAAUAUAUAGGUCUAUUUCACACAAUUUUAAAUACGAAGAAAAAUGGCGUAGUUUUAAAACACGAACAUACGGAAAAGGUAAUCUUGAGGUUUUAGCAAUGCUUUGCCGACUUCCUCCUACAGAACAUAUUCGCGAAAGCUUUGUGAUGGAUGUAUCUAUGACAACGGAUACUAUUGUAACAUUUACACUUCAAGGAAUGUUAAAUGAUGGAGAAACAUAUUUUACUUCAUCAAGAUCAAUAAGUAAUUUGAAAUAUUUUACUCGUAGUUUUGUUUGCCUUCCUAGAGGAGGAACAGCCCUUUCCAUAAUAUCAGAUAUUUUAACCAUUCAUCCUAUUGAUCCAGAAAGUGCAUCAAAAUAUGAAACAUAUUGUAUGAAACUAAAAAGCGAACAGUCUACUCUUGAUACAUCUACAGCAGUUAAUGAUUUAUCAUCCAAUUUGGGAAAUGUAUCUACUCUCAAUCAAUCAUCUACCUCAGUGAUAAAUACUGAUGAUCCCGAAAUACGUAAUGCAAUGGUUAAAUCAUUUAUGGAACAAAGUGGUAUGAACGAAGUUUGGAGUAAACGUUGUCUUGAAGAUUCCAAUUGGAAUUAUUCUCUUGCAGGUGAUAGAUUUUUGAGUCUUAAAAAUGAUAUUCCUGCUGAAGCUUUUGCAAAGUGA